AUGAAGUCUCUGCUGUGCGUGUGCGGCUUGCUGUGUCUGCUGGCUCUGACGGCUGCAGGCUCCUCCAUCCAUGAUGAAGAGCCUCUGGUGCAUCUGCAGCUCCAGCAGCCUGAAGGAGACCUCUUCUCCUGCGGCUGUGACUCAACAGAGGAGCACGCCACCCAGACCUCCUCCAAUGACACGCCGGCCCCAGAGAGGGCGAUGUGCCAGCCCUGCGCAAAACCUGCUCUAGAUACUGCAGAAGAGCCGGCUUCAUCUCCAGAGCCUGAAGAGGAGGAGGAAGAUGCAGCAUCUGCAGUGUUGGAUGCUUCAACGGUAGGGGUAACAAGUGAUGAAGAAGAAGAAGAGGAAGAGGAGGAUGCUGCUACCCAGGGAGAGGUAGAAGAAGAGGAAGUGAUGUCUGAGGAGGCUGUACAGGAGGCGGGAGAAGAAAGUGUGGAGGAGGAAUCCACAGAGGAGGAGGUAGAUGAAGGUGAAGAAGAAGAGGAGAAAAAUGAAGAAGCCGAGGAAGGGGAGAUAAUUGAAGCUCAAGAGGAGGCUGCAGAAGACGAAGCUGAAGCUGAAGAUGAGCAGGAGGAAACUGAGGAAGCAACCGAGGAGGGAAAUGUAGAAACUUUGGCUAUGGAGGAGGAAGAGGCUGCAGCUGAGGAAGAGGCUGCUGCUGAGGAAGAGGCUGCAGCUGGGGAAGAGGCUGCAGCUGAGGAAAAGGCUGCAGCUGAGGAAGAGGCUGCAGCUGAGGAAGAGGAUGCUGCUGAGGAAGAGGCUGCAGCUGAGGAAGAGGCCGCCGCUGAGGAGGAGGCUGCUGAACCAGAAGAAUCAGAACCAGAAGUGAUAGCAGAACAAGAAACCGAAGUGGAUUCAGAGCCAGAGGCGAUUCCAGAUCCUGAACCCGAACCAGUAAAUGAGGUGGUUGAAGAGCCUGAACCAGAGCCUGAAGUGGCCACAGAACCAGAGCCUGAACCAGAGCCUGAAGUGGCCACAGAACCAGAGCCUGAACCAGAGCCUGAAGUGGCCGCAGAACCAGAGCCUGAACCAGAACCAGAAAUUACAGAAGAGCCUGAACCUGAGGUGAUUCCAGAUCCUGAACCGGAACCAGAGGAGAUCGUAGAGCCAGAGGUUGAAGUAGUUGCAGAGCCUGAACCCGAACCAGAACCAGAGGUGGCCCCUGAAGUGGAAUCAGAGCCAGAACCAGUUGAAACCCCAGCAGAGGAGGCUCCUGCGGUGAUAGAGGUUGAGGAAGUGACCGUGGAGGAGGUAUCAGUGGAGGAUUCUACAAAGACUAAAACCAAAGGGCCCAAGGCAGCUGGAGCAGCAGGCCCAGCUACGAGGGACCGCUCCCACAUCGAGAACACGCUGCGAUAUGCUGCUGAACCCUCCGCAGAGUUCUCAGCUGCUAUGAAGAAGCUGCUGAGCAUCUACCACACGGCCAUCAAACCGAUGGAGCAGGCCUUUAAGUACAAUGAGCUCAGGCAGCAUGAAGUCACAGACGGUGAAGUCACGUCCAAACCCAUGGUUCUGUUCCUGGGACCCUGGAGUGUGGGCAAAUCCUCAAUGAUCAACUACCUGCUGGGACUGCACGGCACCUCACAGCAGCUCUACACAGGCGCUGAGCCCACCACCUCAGAGUACACGGUCAUCAUGCACGGUGAGAAGUUUCGGAGCGUAGAGGGCAUUGUCAUGGCAGCAGACAGCUCACGCUCCUUCUCUCCUCUGGAGAAGUUUGGUCAAGGUUUCCUGGAGCGUCUGGUGGGCGUAGAGAUGCCCCACAAGCUGCUGGAGAGGGUCACGCUCGUGGACACACCGGGCAUCAUCGAGAAUCGCAAACAGCAGGAGAGAGGUUAUCCGUACAACGAGGUGUGCCAGUGGUUCAUCGAUCGAGCUGAUCUGAUCUUCCUCGUCUUUGACCCCACCAAGCUAGACGUGGGCGGGGAACUGGAGAUGCUCUUCAAGCAGAUGAAAGGCCGCGAGUCCCAGAUCCGUCUCAUCCUCAACAAGGCCGACAGUCUGAGCACGCAGGACCUGAUGAGGGUCUACGGAGCUCUGUUCUGGAGCAUGGCCCCGCUCAUCAACGUCACUGAGCCUCCCCGGGUGUACGUAAGCUCCUUCUGGCCUCUGGACUAUUCUGCAGACACGAGCAGGCAGCUGUUCAUAAAGGAGGAGACGUCUCUGCUGGAGGAUCUCAACCAGGUGAUUGAGAAUCAAAUAGAGAACAAGAUCGCCUUCAUUCGCCAGCACGGUAUCCGUGUGCGCAUCCAUGCUCUGCUGGUGGACCGCUACCUCCAGACCUACAACGAUAAGCUGGGCUGGUUCAGCGACCCCUACGAGGUCUUCCAAGACAUCGUCAACGACCCAGACAAGUACUACAUCUUCAAAUCUAUUCUGGCUAAAACCAACGUCAGCAAGUUCGACCUCCCGGAUAAGGAGGCGUACCAGGACUUCUUCGGUGUGAACCCGAUGUCCGGCUUCAAACAGCUGUCGUAUCACUGCAGCUGGAGCUCCGGCUGUCUCCUGGAGAAGAUCGAGAGAGCCAUCUCACACGAGCUCCCCGCUCUGCUCAGCAGCGUCAGCAGGGCCGCUGACACGCCUGCACCCACAAAGGCUGCACCCGCUCCUCCGCCCCCACUCCCUGGCACCUGUGAAGGUCCGGGGUGUGAGGAGAAACCAAAGAAUCGCUGGAGGAAGCAGUGAGAUGGAGGAGAGAGGGGAGCAGGAGAGGGAACAGAGGAGGCAGAUGGCAGCAUCAGCAGCAGCCAGAGGGUUCGCUGAAAUAAUGAACACUGCUGUGAUUGUUGUGGAGACUGAGAAGGAGGAGAAGAGGUGUGAGAUGCACUGAGCAGACCUGGAUCAGGAGGUGUCUCAGAGCUCGGAGCAACAAGCAGAUGACUUUAACGUGGGGACAGUCUGACAGCAAAGUAUACUAAAUUAAUUCCCAAACAUCUCUCUGUGGUAAACUUUGUCCUUUACGACCUCUCUGAGAACAUCGUGACGAGAGUUUGGUACUAAAACAGGCGGAGUAACCUUCCCACUUGAAGAAUCGCUGUCUGCAAAUUUAGAUCAGAAUCCAUCUGUUGAAGAUCUUUAAAUCAUGAAGUAACAGAGACAGUCAGACAUGUCAUAUCCUUAUAACCAUUCAUGUUAAUAACUUCUUCCUUUUUCAAGUUUGUAUGAUAUUUAUUCUAGUUUUUUUUGCUGGCAGUGAUGUAGCCGCCACACUUUUGUCUUCUGUGUUGUUUGCAAAGUCUGAAUAUUCAGACACACUGCCGUGCUGUGUUUUUACCUUUAAACCCUGUCGUUGUUAUUGUUGGCGCUCCUCUGGUCUUUAGUGUUAGCAGUGAUUCAGAUUUCAGUCCCUGUGUUGUAUCAUAUCCUGUACUUCCAUGUCUCUGUGUUUCUCGAUUUAGAAGCUGGAUCAGAACAUGUGCAGCCUCUGGUUGAAGACAAUCACAGAGUUCAAGCUCUUCUUCAUGUGAGCUUGUAUUUGAUGCCUCAGCAGCGUCUCAGCCUUCUGAACUGUUGCUCGUUUUACCUCGACACGGCUGCACACCACACGGGCAUUUCAACAAACUCAAUCUUUUACUUGUUCCUGUGUGUCUGUUUGUAAUUGUCUUUUUUCUGUGAGUGAUUUCUUUUGAGU